AUGGGGUUAAUAUUUCUUCAUUCUGUUCGCUCUUAUUUCUUUUUUUCUCUUCUUCUUCUCCUCCCGUCCGUCGAAAGCGUUCACAUCCCAUCCAACUCGACGCGGCAUGUUUGCCCAUUAGUUAUCUUCUUCUUCUUCUUCGACUUCAACGAAAGCAACGGCAAACGCGGCCAAGAUCAUCAGAAAAAAAGAAAACAGAAAGAAGAGAAACAUAUGUAUAUCGAUCGAUCAAUAUCUUCGUAUUUGUCAGANAUCGCCGCAUGGAUGUUUGUGAAUAACAAUCCACGUUGGUCCUACGGUUUAAAAUUUGUACAAUUAACACUAAAUUCGAAUAUUAAUAAUGAAUUAAAACGUUCACCAUAUGAAGCAUUAUUCAAAAUGUUACCAGUUUUAAGACCAGCAACAGUCACGCUAUCGUCUUCAACGACAGAUAAUUCUCUACAACAACAGCAACCGCAACAACAUCAUCAUCAUUCACAGUUACUUCAACCAAAUGCAGCAGUCGUUCCACCAUCAUCACAUUCCCCAUCGGGUAGUGCCACUGAAGGUGAUUUCGUGACACCUAAUGUGAAUAUUCUUCCUUCGACAAUGACUUCAACGGAUCGAAUUAAAGCAGAAAUGUAA